AUGGCGGCAGCCCGGUCUGAACCUCUCUCCAUCGAAUCUCUCCUCCAGAAACAAAGGGAAGAAAAAGAAACAGCUUCCAAGCCCAAAUUUCUGUCGCGAGAAGAACGCGCAAAGCUUGCCAUUGCAAAGCGGGCUCAAGAGAUCAAGGAUCAACGUCAAAAGGAGGACGAUGUUAAGAAGGAUAGGCAGACUUUGGAACGCGAGGCUGAAGAAUUGCGUCGGAGAGAAGACUUAGGAGCUUCCAACAGGUACGGUGGUCGAUAUGACGACAGUAAUAGUCGCUACGGGCAUCCCGAGCGGGAUCGUGGGCCUUCGAGGCGAGAUAGGCGAGGCGGAGGGAGAGACAAGGACAGAGACAGAGACAGAGACAGGGACAAAGACGGCAGGGAUAGCAGGGACUACCAGAACGUCCCUACAGGACCUCGAGCUGACCGGGCAGGAGGAAGCAAUCGAGCAUCUGGUGUUUCUACGCCCCAACCAUCCUCGAUGCCCCCACCUCCCGUUCCAAAUUCAACUAACGACCCUUCCUCAUCGUCCACAUAUGUGCCACCGAUGUCGGAUAAUGACCUCACCGCAAUUCGGUCACGAUAUCUAGGUGUGGACAAAAAGAAGCGAAAGAUUCGAAAAACCAAUGAUCGCAAGUUCGUCUUUGAUUGGGACACUCAAGAUGACACGUUUUCUGAAGACUCGCCCCUUGCCGCAGGCGUGAAUCGCCAAGGUGCACAGACUAUGUUCGGUCGAGGCCACCUGGCUGGAAUGGAUGGCGUUGAACCUAUUAGUAUGCGUAAUGGCAAUGGUGGAGGAGCAUUGGAUCAUUUAGCAGACGCUCGGGAAAGACGAAAAGCAGUAAAGACUGGUAUAGAUGAGAGGCACUGGACCGAAAAGCCGUUGAAUGAGAUGAAAGAAAGGGAUUGGAGAAUCUUCAGGGAAGACUUCAGCAUCUCUGCUCGAGGUGGACAAAUCCCUCAUCCACUCCGUUCUUGGGUUGAGUCAGCUAUACCUCACCCUAUUCUGGAUUGCAUAGAGAAAAUCGGGUACAAGGAACCGUCUCCCAUUCAACGACAAGCUAUACCCAUCGGCUUGCAGAACCGGGACAUUAUCGGUAUUGCUGAAACAGGUUCCGGCAAAACUGCCGCCUUUGUCAUCCCGAUGCUGGCCUUCAUAUCGAGCUUACCGGCAUUCACGGAUGACAUAAGACACUUAGGGCCAUAUGCUUUGAUCUUGGCACCUACACGUGAGCUCGCUCAACAGAUUGAGAGCGAGGCGAAAAAGUUUGCUACUCCUCUUGGAUAUCGAUGUGUGUCUAUCGUUGGAGGACGCGCCGUUGAAGAACAACAGUUCAACCUCCGGGAAGGUGCGGAGAUCAUCAUAGCCACACCGGGUCGGCUUAAAGACGUCAUCGAGCGACAUGUCCUUGUGCUCUCUCAAUGUCGUUACGUGGUUAUGGACGAAGCGGACCGAAUGGUCCACUUGGGAUUCGAGGCGGAUCUAACGUUUAUCCUGGAUGCGUUGCCAUCUGAGACUAUGGACGGGGAAGACAAGGGAGAGCAGAUGGAUGUGGAUGGUGAGACUAUGGUCAAGAGAGGGAGGACGCGUGUUACCACGUUGUUUUCGGCAACAAUGCCAUCUGCAGUCGAGAGAUUGGCGCGGAAAUACUUGAAGAAGCCUGCGGUUAUUACCAUCGGUGAAGCCGGUCGCGCAGUCGAUACGGUCGAGCAGCGUGUUGAGUUUGUUAAUGGCGAAGAAAAAAAGAAGCAAAAAUUGGUCGAGAUUCUCAAUGCUGGACAAUUUCAACCACCUAUUAUUGUGUUCGUCAACCAGAAAAAGACUGCGGACAUGGUGGCGAAAGAUCUUCAACGUGCGAAUUGGAGUGCGGCUACGUUGCACUCUGGCAAGAACCAAGAACAACGCGAAGCUGCACUGCAAUCGUUGCGCGACGGAGGUGCGGAUGUUCUCGUGGCGACAGAUCUUGCCGGUCGUGGAAUUGAUGUGCAAGAUGUAAGCCUUGUGAUAAAUUUCCAAAUGUCAAGUACGAUAGAGGCAUAUGUUCAUCGUAUUGGGCGAACUGGACGCGCAGGCAAGAUGGGUACGGCAAUCACGUUCCUUACGAAUGAGGACGACGAAGUGAUGUAUGACCUCAAACAAGAGAUAUCCAAGAGUCCCGUGUCCAAGGUACCGAUAGAGCUCGCCAAGCACGAAGCUGCCCAACACAAGGUAUCCCGAGAAAUGAAACGAAAACGAGAUGCAGAGGAUCAAGGUUGA